UUUUUAUUUCUGUGUGUGUACUGUACAGAUGCUAAGCAACUAUACAGGUUACUGUGUUUAUAUUUCAAUGAUUUGAAAUUAUGACUGAACCAUUUAAUUCCAGUGUGCCGGAACCUCGGAAAGUAGGGGUCUGGGCAGAAGGAACUCAUAUAGAGGCAAAAGAAUUUGUGAUACCCAAGAAAUCUCCAGACUCCAUCGACGAUAUACCUACUAUACCCGACCUGGAUGAUUUACAGGACGUUUUAGAGAAGGAAAUUUCUAUGCCACCCAUUGCCAACCAAAAAGAUGCAGAAACAGCGAACACAUUAGCGGAGGUUGGUGGUGGUGUGAGCGGCUCCAGUGAGGGUGUGGAGGCUGUUCUGGAUGUGCUCAUGUCAUAUGUGCCUCAAGUGGAGGAGUCAGACGCUGCAGACAUUGUGUGGACUGUGGACUCCUUGCUUAGCGAACUUGCUGAAGACAAUGAUGCUGGCAAUUAAUAACUUCAGUAUUUAAGACCAUAAAGUAAAGGUUGAUGUAUCUGCAUUUUUGUGUCUAUGGGCAACAUUUGCUUGCUCAUUUGUUAUAAGAUAUAAAAAA